AUGCAAGCGAAAUUCCGCGAGAUCAAGACGAUUUACACAAUCGUCGAUGGUUAUCUGGAAAUCCUUUUCAAGAAUGAUCCGGUUCCAUCGCAUGAUCCAAAUCAAAGGAACUUCUUUAGACCUUAUACACGAACACAAAUAGCGAAUGUGUUUAGGAUUAUGGGCUGUCAGAUGCCACUUGAUGCUUCAUUGAGUGACUGGAUCUUUUCUUUCCUUGAAAGGAGCACAGAUGAACAAGCACAAGAAUUAUUACAUACCGAAAAGAAAAUUUUUCAAGACAAACGCUCGUGUUCUCAUCAAUUUAUAAUUCUCACGCGAAAUGAAUUCCAUCGUCUCGUAUGUGCAUCGCUCUAUGUCCAUCAAUUUAGGAAAAUUCGAUAUUCUGUUGAUUUCCGUCUUGCAUUGGACUUCAUUGAGGAGCGAAGAUUCUUCAUUAUUCUCCUCUCUGGUGCCCCUGGUACAGGAAAAUCUACGAUUGCUUCACUCCUUGCGAGCCGUAUGUCUGUAUCUCAUAUUAUUUCAACAGAUUCAAUUCGUCAUGCAAUGCGCACGAUAUAUCCUAAAGACAAGUAUCCGAUUUUACACUAUUCAACCUACGAAUGCGGUGAUAUUGUUGAUCCGGAACAUAAAUUACCGGAAGAAGAGAGAGUAUGUAUCUUUUUAAUGCCAUUGGAAGCAAUACGUUUCCUUUGGCAGUUUAUUUUUAACUUACUAACACGCAGUGCAUUAAAGGUUACAAUGCUCAGUCAGAUUUAG